CGGACUGCGGGCACUUUGAUGAAUCACGUGUGCGGAGGCCCUCUUAAAGAGAUAGGCACCUACUUUCCCUCCACCCCAAACACCGCCCUGAGGGCGGCGGCGACCGUGGUAAUUACAGCCGCUCGGGGGCAGGGCUUGCCCCGGCGCACAGUAGUGGCAACGGCUUGUCGAGUCUGGGGUGCCUGGGAGCCGCGAGCCCCGGGGACGUGAAAUCGGCAGACCCACUUUCCCUUCCAGGAAGAGGCGCUGCCGAAUCCGCGCGGGGCAGCGAGAGCGCCCCGAGGGGCUUCCUCAGUGAAGCACAAGUGGGGUUCCAGGGCACAGGUGACAGGGCCGAAGAAAGAUGGAGCAGCCCGGGGCGGCGGCGGCGGCGGGCGCGGGAGGCAGCGGCGAGGAGCCCGGUGGGGGCCGAAGCAACAAGCGGAGCGCGGGGAGCCGGGCCGCCAACGAAGAGGAAACGAAAAACAAACCUAAAUUGAACAUUCAAAUAAAAACUUUGGCAGAUGAUGUGCGUGACCGAAUUACAAGUUUCAGAAAAUCUACUGUAAAAAAGGAAAAGCUUCUUAUCCAACAUCCUCUUGAUUCUCAAGUUGUAAUGAAUGAGUUUCCAGCUGCUCAGCCAUUAUAUGAUGAACGAUCUUUGAAUUUGUCAGAAAAGGAAGUACUGGAUUUAUUUGAAAAAAUGAUGGAGGACAUGAACCUUAAUGAAGAGCGAAAAGCUCCUUUACGAAACAAAGAUUUUACCACCAAGCGUGAGAUGGUCGUCCAGUAUAUUUCUGCUACUGCCAAAUCUAUAGUUGGAAGUAAAGUUAUGGGAGGACUGAAAAACAGCAAACAUGAAUGCACCCUGUCUUCACAAGAAUAUGUUCAUGAAUUACGAUCUGGCAUUUCUGAUGAGAAACUUCUUAACUGCCUAGAAUCUCUGAGGGUUUCUUUAACCAGCAAUCCUGUCAGCUGGGUUAACAACUUUGGCCAUGAAGGUCUUGGACUCUUGUUGGAUGUGCUGGAAAAGCUUCUGGACAAGAAACAGCAAGAAAAUAUUGACAAGAAGAAUCAGUAUAAACUUAUUCAGUGCCUCAAAGCAUUUAUGAACAAUAAGUUUGGAUUACAAAGGAUUCUAGGAGAUGAAAGAAGUCUUUUACUCCUAGCAAGAGCAAUUGACCCCAAACAACCCAACAUGAUGACUGAAAUAGUAAAAAUACUUUCAGCUAUUUGCAUUGUUGGAGAAGAGAACAUUCUAGAUAAACUUUUAGGGGCUAUAACUACAGCAGCAGAACGAAAUAACAGAGAACGAUUUUCACCAAUUGUGGAAGGAUUAGAAAACCAUGAAGCUUUGCAAUUACAGGAAGUAAAAGAAAAAGAGGACCUAGUUCAUCAGGAAUUCCAGGCCCUCCUCCACCACCUCCAUUGCCAGGUGCUGGGCCAUCCCCACCUCCACCUCCACCUCCACCACCUCUGCCCGGAGUAGGUCCCCCUCCUCCACCUCCUUUACCUGGGAUGCCUGGAAUACCACCACCACCGCCACUGUUUGGGGGCCCUCCUCCACCACCUCCCCUCGGAGGAGUUCCUCCACCUCCGGGAAUGCUCCUUGAUUUGCCAUAUGGAAUGAAGCAGAAAAAAGUAUAUACACCUGAGGUGUCCAUGAAGAGGAUCAAUUGGUCAAAGAUUGAACCCAAAGAAUUGUCUGAGAAUUGUUUCUGGUUGAAAGUUAAAGAGGAGAAGUUUGAAAAUCCAGAUCUCUUUGCAAAAUUGGCACUGAAUUUUGCUACCCAGAUGAAAGUUCAAAAGAAUGCAGAAGCUUUAGAAGAAAAGAAGACCAUACCUGCAAAGAAGAAAGUAAAAGAGUUGAGAAUUUUGGAUCCCAAAACAGCACAGAAUCUUUCUAUCUUCCUAGGAUCGUAUCGUAUGCCAUAUGAAGAAAUAAAAAACGUCAUUCUGGAGGUUAAUGAAGGCAUGUUGAGUGAGCCCUUAAUUCAGAACCUUGUAAAACAUCUUCCUGAGCAGAAGGUACUCAAUGAGCUAGCAGAGCUGAAGAAUGAGUAUGAUGACCUCUGUGAACCUGAACAGUUUGGAGUUGUGAUGAGCUCAGUGAAAAUGUUGCGGCCUCGUCUCAAUAGCAUUCUUUUCAAGCUCACAUUUGAAGAACAUGUAAACAACAUUAAGCCAAGCAUCAUAGCAGUAACUCUGGCCUGUGAAGAACUGAAGAAAAGUGAAAGCUUUAACAGACUUUUAGAGUUAGUUCUUUUGGUUGGAAACUACAUGAACUCAGGCUCAAGAAAUGCCCAGUCUUUGGGUUUUAAGAUCAACUUUCUCUGUAAGAUCCGAGAUACUAAAUCAGCAGAUCAAAAAACCACCCUCUUGCAUUUUCUUGCUGAAAUUUGUGAGGAAAAUUACCGGGAUAUCCUGAAAUUUACUGAUGAACUGGAGCAUGUAGAAAGUGCAAGCAAAGUUUCAGCUCAAAUUCUCAAGAGCAACCUUGCAGCAAUGGAACAACAAAUUGUUCAUCUGGAACGCGACAUCAAGCAGUUCCCCAAAACAGAAAAUCCACAUGAUAAGUUUGUGGAAAAGAUGACAAGCUUUGCGAAGAGUGCCAGAGACCAGUAUGAAAAACUAUUCACCAUGCACAACAACAUGGUAAAGCUCUAUGAGAAUCUUGGAGAAUACUUUAUUUUUGACUCUAAGACUGUGAGCAUAGAAGAAUUCUUUGGUGAUCUCAACAACUUUCGAACUUUGUUCCUGGAAGCAGUGAAAGAAAACAACAAAAGAAAAGAACUGGAAGAGAAGACUAGGAGGGCAAAGCUUGCAAAAGAGAAAGCUGAACAAGAAAAGUUGGAACGCCAGAAGAAAAAGAAACAACUCAUUGAUAUAAACAAAGAGGGUGAUGAGACGGGCGUGAUGGAUAAUCUUCUGGAAGCCCUGCAAUCAGGGGCAGCAUUCCGAGACCGCAGAAAGCGGAUUCCAAGGAAUCCAGGUAAGAGCCAUUCUAGCUCUCAUGGUAUUAUAGAAUGUAAAUGCUCAGAACCAAAUACCAAAAAAAAAAAAAAAAAACCCUUUCUCAUGAAAAAAAAAAAUUAUUUGAAACAGCUGAUCUCACUUCAUGAGUGAAGUCUCAGCAGGCUUCUAUAUCUACCUGAUCACAAGUU